UCUAAUCCACCAUCUGAUGAUGUCAGUGACUGUGACUGGAGCAAUCAGGAAAGCUUGUCAGAAACAACAAGUGAAAGUGAUAUUUCAGCUGAUGACUUGUCAAGUACAAAUGCAUCUGAUGUAGAAUGUUCAUGCAAAUCAGACUUUGAAAAUGAUGCGUUGGUGUUGCUUCAGUGUUUUAAGAAACACAAACUAACUGACACUGCUUGUCAUGAUAUUCUUAAAACAAUAAAACAUGUAGUUCCAGCUGCAAAAGAUAACCCUUUAUUGUCAUACAGAAAAUUGCUGUCACAUGUACCAGAUACUAACUACAGGGAGGUUCAAUAUUGUCACAAAUGUGAAAGCAUUAUUGAUAGAAAUAAUGAUCAAAAUCUUCAGUGCAGAACUCCAAACUGCUUUGGUGCUGUGAAGAGCUUCAUGUUAGCUGAUUUAGAAGGAUUGUUAAGGAAACUACUAUAUGUUCCAGGAAUAUUAGAAGAUAUCAUGAAGACUUUGAAAGAUAUUAAACAAAGUAUGACAUGUGAUACUAUUAGUGACAUAUAUAGUGGCGAGAUAUACAAAAAACAAUUUGUGAAUGAAAAUACAAGAGAUAUUCAGCUUACUUGCAUUCUAAAUACUGAUGGGGUUAACUUGUACAAAUCAUCUAAAGUAGAACUUUGGCCAGUUUAUCUUGCAAUUAAUGAGUUGCAUGCCUCUCACCGAUUUUCAAGAGAAAACAUUCUUUUAAUUGCAUUAUGGCAAGGCAAAGGAAAGCCACCUUUCAAGAUUUACUUUGAACAGAUUAUUGAAGAAAUCAAUACUCUGACAGAGAAAGGUCUUCAGAUGGACUGUGGUGAAGAAAAUUGGAAUGUUUACAUGAAUGUGAUUGGUAUUACUUUAGACUUGCCUGCAAAGGCUGGUGUCUUAAAUAUGACACAGUUUAAUGGCUUAGAGGCUUGUAUUACUUGUGAGGAACCAGGUUUAGUAGUUCGCCAGGGUCGAGGACACAGCAGGUGCUAUCCAUAUAGACCAACAAGUUCUCGUUUCCCCGAACGGUCAGUGGAAGGUGUACUUGAAUCAAUGGAAAGUGCAACAGUAAGAAAUCGGCAAAAGGGAUUCAAAGGAAUGUCUGGAAUAGCUCGACUGUUAAAGUUUGAAUUAGUGUAUGGUAUAGUACCUGACUAUAUGCAUUGUGUCUUAUUAGGAAUUGUUAAAACUAUUUUAAGUAAGUGGUUUUCCCCAACUCAAUCUGGAAAUGACUACUUUGUGGGCAAACACCUUAAGCAGAUAAAUGAGAGACUUCUUCAAAUACAACCACCUCACUAUAUUGAACGUCUACCUAGGGACAUUGAAAAACACUAUGCAAACUACAAAGCUACAGAACUCCAAGCAUUCUUACUGUUUUAUGCAUUACCUUGUCUUACUGGUAUUCAAAAGGAAAAUUUCUUGCAGCAUUUAGCUUUACUUUCAGAAGCUAUUUUCAUCUUGCUUGGUGAUAGUUUAACACAAAAUUGCUUGGAAAGAAGUGAAUUAUUACUGGGGCAGUUCUAUUCUCAGUUCAGUGAGUUAUAUGGGGAGGGAUCAUGUGGACUUAAUGUCCAUAAUGCAUGUGCUCAUUUGCCAAUGUAUGUUAGGAAGUUAGGGCCAGUUUGGGCAUGGAGUUGCUUUGGGUUUGAAGAUGCCAAUGCAAAUAUUUUGCAAUCAGUUCAUGGCACUGGUGAUGUGGUCAAACAGGCUCUACGUAAACAAGAAACUGCGCUGUAUGUCCGUUCAUCAAAUAAGAUUCAGUUGAAGUCACUAAAACAUCUUAAGGUCUCUCAUCAGGCACAAAAUUGUGCAAUCAUUGGAUCUUUGAAAUCAGUGUGCAGUAACUUACCUGAUUAUGUUUAUGAAGCCCUAGGUGUUGAAAGUUGUGUAAAUCUUAAAAAGGUUUUAAGAAUUUUUGUUAACAAUAAAACAUUUUACAGUUUUGCUUAUUCAAGGAUGAAGAAGAGAAAUAGCUACACUGUUUUGUAUUCAGAAGACGAAAUUGGUCAAAUUCAGUAUUUUGUUUUGAACCUCGAGUUCAAUUUAGUUUAUGCAGUUAUCAGUAAAAUGAAUGAAUGUGUUAAUAGUUGGCUUAGCAAUUUUCAAGGGGCAAAACAUCUGAAAUGUGUAGUGAAGACAAAUUGUCAUAGGGUUGUAUAUGUUGAUCAGCUGAAAGCAACUUUGAUUUAUAUGAAAUCACCUACUGGAGACUGUGGUGUUAUUGCAAGACUACCAAACACUCUAGGUCAUGCCAUUUUCAAAUAAGGAAAUGUAUACUGUUAGGAAUGUGACCAUCAAAUGAUCAUUCUAGCUCAUGUUAUUGUGUAAGGCUCUUUAUUGGUCU